AUGUACUCGAUGCUCGUGCUGCUGGGCCUCGCUGUCCUCCUGGGUGCCUCCCAGGGCCGCACGGAUUGCUACGGCAGUGUCAACAGAAUUAAAACGUCUGGGGCUUCGUGCGAAACUGCAAAGCCAGAGGGUUUAACCUACUGCGGAGUUAAGGCUUCAGGAAAGAUCGCUGAACGGGACCUAAGAGCUAUGGAUCAAUACAAAACACUCAUUAAGAAAGUUGGCAAAGCACUGUGCAUCGAACCAGCCCUGAUUGCUGGCAUCAUCUCCCGGGAAUCUCAUGCUGGCAAAGUACUGAAGAAUGGCUGGGGUGACAAUGGAAAUGGAUUUGGCUUAAUGCAGGUUGACAAAAACUCACAUCAACCUAUGGGAAAAUGGAACAGCGAAACUCAUCUUAGACAGGCCACAAACAUACUUAUCAUGAUGAUAAAGACAAUACAGAGGAAGUUCCCACGCUGGACAAAGGAUCAACAGCUGAAAGGUGGGAUUUCUGCCUACAACGCUGGUGCUAACAAUGUCCGAAGCUAUGACAGAAUGGACAUCGGCACCACCCACAAUGACUACUCCAACGACGUGGCUGCACGAGCCCAGUAUUACAAGAAACAUGGAUACUAG